AUGAGCAGACCACACGCUAGCUCGGUCGACGCAGACAACGCUUGGGGUCCUCCACCAGAAGCAGCGCAGCCAGAAGAGGCGUUCUCAGCUGCCGACGUCCAGGCGAAGGAGCAGAUCAUCUUGGAGAUCGUCAACAAGCAGGACGGCUUGCGAGCUCUGUUACAACGGAUAGGCGAAGUGCAGGGCGAGGCGAACAAGCUAAAGUCGGAGAACGAGACGCUGCAGACCUACAUCGACAACCUGACACGAACCAACGCGGCAGCAGGAGCGGGCCGAUAA